AUGGAGGCGAGGAUGAGGGAGAUAGAGUCGGUGAAUGCCAUCAGGCUCGUCGAGGACCCAUACAUGAGCAAGUACGUCCGCGCCUGGCUUCGCGACGACUGGGAUGCAUCCCGCCCAUGCAACCGGACCGAAAAGAGCGCCCGGAAGCUUCUCCUCAUGCCGAACCCGGGUGAUGGCGACGACGACGGGAACGACGGCGGGGGGAACAACCACCAGGGGGGCAGCGAAGAUGACAACGGUGACGACGACCGCGACGAUGGCAAUGACCGGGAGAACCGCGACGGGGGUCACGACCAUGGGCCCCAGCCCGAGCUGGACCUGGUGGCGGCUGCUGAGGCUAAGAGCCGCAUCGAGACUUGCGGGAGCGAGCUGCAGGCAGUGCGGGACCUGAUCAUCCACCUGACGUGCAGCGUUCUGGCGGCAAAGUACGGUUCGGAUCAGGAAUCACCCUGGGUGCAGGACAGCAUCUUGGAAAUGCUGGGCAACUUCGACGACGCGCUGGAGGCAUUCGGGGUGGUGGAGAGGCGGCUCGAGGAUGCGUACCGGGCGCGGUGUCUCGGCGACGACCACAGCGACUGGGUGUACCCGUUGAAGGAUCGUAUGCAGCGGAAUCCUCAGCUGGUGGUCAACGAUGCUCGCCGCUGGGUAAUCGGGCGAUUGACGAUGGUUGAUUAUCGAAGAUACGGCGACGGCGACGACAACACCUCUUCGCACCCAUCGAACGUCAUUACUCUCCAAGAACCGAUCGACCUGACGCCCAGGUCCGCUUCCCCUCCUCCGCCGUCGCCUCCACCUGCUGCUGCUCCCCAGCCGUUCUCGUGGAUCCUGCUCUACUACAUCAACCUGGCAGUGCUGGUAGCCUCGCUCUGCCACUACCCUUUCGUCCUCGUCUCGCGCGACGGCGUACCCGUAUGGCGGCCCGGUCUUGCCAUGACAACAAUAGUCGCCCGAGAGCCACGUUUCAUACAAUACGUUGCCUCCUACGAGUUCGCCCUCGACAACUACCUCGCCGUCGUGUCCUCCCUGGCCGUGCCUGUCACGCCUACGCCCCCAUCCGACAGUUCGACACCCACACCCUCCUGGUUUCCUCCCAGUGUCCUCGACAAUCUACGCCGCGAGAUGCAUGCGCCACCGCCCGCACCACCCAGCGGCGGCGGGAGCUCUCGCCAGAGACCAUCGCUGGCGCCAGGCAUGCUGCUCGGCGCCGUUUCCGACUUUGAAGAAGACCACGUCAAGUCGGCCGAGCCGAUCACGCGUUUGCUGGAGCACCUCAACGCUGCCAAGCACGUUGAACAGCAGAUCAUCCUGCCCUUCCUUGCGAGGAUCAGCAUCCUCCUGGGCACGUCUGAUGCCAUUGCCGGCCACAUUCGAGGCCAGACGAAUGUCACUCCGACUGUUGACUACCUGUUUCUCCCCGCGGCGCAACGCCCUUCUCGAACUACUCGACUCUAUCGCCACCUCCUCCGCGCCCGCGCCGAGCUCCAUGCGCUCCGGAGCACCAUAUCAAGGCCGCUCUGGUGCCUCUUCGCCAUCAUCAUCGUCUUGUCCGUCGUCUUCCUCGUGUACACGGUCGACGCCUGGAUCCGCAGUUUCGCAAGGGCUACGUUCUCCGGCACCGCCAUCUUCAAGAACGCCUGGAACAGCACCCUCCUUGUAAAUCGUCGAGGGAGCAGCAGCAUGCCUGAGACUCCUGUCGAACUCGACGUCCUCUUCCAUGCCUCCAACGAUGCGCAUGAAUUACCGACCAUCGAUGGUGUCGUCUUCGGGUGCAGCAACGCCGCUGUCGCGUCCAUGGCGUCGUCGCUCGCAGACUGCGCCGUAGCUCAGUCCGUCAUCUCGGAUAUGACCGACGCCAUUACGGCCUUCUUUGACCGCCUGGACUGGGCAGACCGCCACCUGGAGCGAUUCGCGGCAUCGGCGGAGGCGAUGCUGUCGGACGCCGCGGGCAUGUCCAUCACCCAGGCGCAGUCUGGGAUCUGCGCGCAGGUGGACGUGCUGACCAAGUAUCAGAAGCUCGUCGGGGCGAGGUACGGUGGGGUGGCUGGUGUUGACCACGAUGCCACAGGAAAUGUUGCUGCCCGAGAGGGUCAAGAUGUCGAAAUCAACAAGCUGGCAGCAGCUUUCGAGCGCGCAGAAGAUAUGGCGAGGCUGGGUUGUCUCGGGGUGAUGGCGCACGCCCGCAUGUUCGAGGAGCAGUGCUUGGCGGUCGUGGUGAGCGCUGCUCAGGAAUAUCGGGGCUUCAUGGCAUGCGUGUAUCGUGCAAACAUCACCACCAACAUCAGCGCCACCGUCAGCGCCAACGCCAACACCAACACGCUCGACGCCAACAUGAUCAAGUACACAAUGAACAUGGGCUCCCGAACUCGAGAGGCCGCACAAUACCUUUCCAUCUCGAAGGCUAGGCGAGGCAGACAUAAGUACCAACCUCGUCCGACCCGCUGA